AUGUGGAACCAGCUCACCAUCGCAAGCGCUGCCCUAUGGGGACUAACCAUAUCCGCUGUCAAGGCUACCUAUGCGCCUACGAUUCACUCGCGACAGAGCUCUAACGCGAGCACUAUCUCAUGGUCUGCAUGUCCUGAUAGCAGCAACACGCAGUGCGCGAUCUUUGACGUUCCUAUGGACUACACGAAUCCGGAGAACGGCAAGACGGUGUCGAUAUUCAUGCGCAAGUAUGCUGCCACGGCUCCGGAAGACCAGCGACUGGGAUCGAUUCUGGUCAACCCAGGCGGUCCUGGAGGGUCGGGGACGGCCUAUCUCGCAAUCCGAGGAGAAGAUAUAAGCAUAAUGGUUGACGGCAGAUACGAUAUUAUUAGCUUCGACCCUAGAGGCGUAAACCUCACCGGGCCGCCCACCGCAUGUUAUGAUACCGAAUACAAGUUUGCUCAGAGGAUGUAUCAACUUAAUGCACAAGAAGCACCGUUCCCGCAUAUCGGCGGUGCAGGCGAGAUCGCCCAUGUCGCAAAGCUCUCCGCCAUCCAGUCCACCCAUCCAAAAGCAUGCACUGAGAACGGAAACCAUGACAUGCUUACGAACUCGGGGACUGUCGCCGUUGCGAAAGACAUGGAGAGGAUCGUCCAGGCUCUAGGCGAGGAUGGGUUAAACUUCCUUGGGUAUUCCUAUGGGUCUAUUCUAGGUGCUACGUUCGCUGCCAUGCGACCGCAUCUCGUGAAGCGCAUGGUGCUGGACGGCAUCUCGGAUGCAGAGGUAUACUACAAAAAUGUCCUUGAGUGGGGGAGAACAUGUAUACAAGAUACUCACAAGACGAUCGCAGGCUUUGUGUCUACGUGCAUCGAAGCCGGGCCAACAGAGUGCGCGCUGGCUUCAAGGAAGGACAACAAGACCGAGACAGUGGAAGGUCUGACGAAGCGGAUCGACGCGCUGUACACGAAGCUGGGAAAGGAGCCGCUGGUUGUUGGGGACUCGGUGACUGGGCCUGGUAUCAUACAAGCCAACAGCGUGCAGUCUGUGGUAUUUUCCUAUGCAUAUACCCCCGUAUUGUGGAAACAGCUAGCCACAGAGCUCGCCCUUUUGGAGCAAGGGGAUGGACGUGAUUUUUAUCCCCUACUUAAUAGCUUUAUUUAUGGGGUUUUACCGGAACCUUACACACAGAACGUAUUCAACCGCUCGAUGCAAAGGUUAGGUGGGACCGGGGAGGCACAGUAUCCGGUGCUAUGUGGUGACUCUCCACGACUAAACGUUACGGUCGAAGAGUAUGCCGACUACUUUCGUGACAUGGGAAAGAAUAACUCCACGGGUGAGCCAGUGGCACUCAUAGUAGGGGGAUGUCGCGACUGGCCGUUUCGCGCAACCGAGAGAUAUACGGGCCCGUGGUCUGUCGACAAGGGACUCAAUAAGACAAGAUUCCCGAUCUUGCUUGUUAGCACGGAUGCGGAUCCUGUGACACCACUGCCAUCGGCACUAAAGAUGAACCGGGCAUUUGGGAGCGAGUCUAGCACUUUAUUGAUUCAACACGGGUUCGGACAUCCCUCGUAUUCGCACCCGUCUCUCUGCACGGUCAAAAACGUUCACGACUACUUUGUCAACGGCAUUGUACCCAAGAACGGAACUCACUGCACGUCAGAGCCGGGGUAUAUCUACCCAACGAACAGCACACGGUCGAAGCGCUCAGCGCUGAGCAAGCGAGAUGCCAAGCUGCUGGAAGCUGUGGAGAGGCUGGGGCUGAGACAUGCUAAGUCUGGAAUGAUACCUGGUAUCUGA